CCUUUCCAAAACAGUAUCCCUAUCUUAUCGCACAUACUUGUGGUUCAGAUAGUGGGAUCAGAGAGUAUUUUCUAUAGAGCUGUUCCCUGAAAGUGUUGAAGUAUGGGGAGACCUUUUUAUUAAGCACAAUGAUGACCUCCUUCCGGAAAAACAAUUUACCUCUGAAAAAUGUAGAAUGUCAGAGGUUAUCAAAGAUCUAUGAGUCAAUCAAAUGAGUCAUGUUAAGAAUCACAAGUACAGCCUACAAGUUUUGAGUUUUCCUUCAUAACAUACAUAAAAGUUGGAAAUGUUUUGUUAAAAAUUGCUUUCAAUACACAUGAAAGAAACAAUAACACGGAUACCAAUAGCCACAUAUUGCAAGUCUUUAAAGAAAAUGAGAAAGAGUGGAGAACGUUGUAGAAAAAUGGCCGAAAUCGUAUUCUCCAUAUUUUUAGUUGACAAGGCCCUGGAUAUUGUACUUGAUCUAGUGAUGAUCAAGAUUCUUAAAGUGGAACAUAUCACAUAACAACAAUCAAUUGAAGACUCCAAAAUUUAAAAAAAAAUAUCUUACGUUAUUUCAUUUAUUCCAAAAUACCUUAAAGUGAAAUAUAUUGUUAUUAUUUUCUGCCGAUGACAGCAAUAGAAUCUUUUCUUUGUUUUGUACAAUAACCUAGACAUGAUUUAUUUUUAUUGAAAUAAGCACUCUUUUUGUAGGUUGAGUAAAUAAGAUUGUUUACUUUAAACCCGUCAUACAUUUGUAUUUUCUUAGUAUAAAAUACAAUCUAUAAUGUGAAGGUAAUUAGCAAAGUGGUUUGCCGAUAACGUUUUCAAAUAGGAGAUUCCCUUUAAGGAAAUUCAAUUACAUCUGUUAGUAAAAAAUUCCAUAAAUGUCUGGACUUGCAGUACAUCAUUGCAUUUCUUCACACGUCUCAACUUUCAGCAAUGCAAUUAUAUAAAUGGCGCCAACCUUACUGGUCUUUAAAAGCACUUUCGUCUGUCGCAACACCUGUACUUAGGUGUAAUCGUGACAUCUGAGAAUCAACUCAAAUUCAGAGACAGAUAUUCAAUAGCCCGACCAUGGUCAGAGCAAUGAAAAAAUAUUUUUAGGGACAAAGACACGUGCAUAUUACUCAGCUCCUUGCGGGAACGUCAUUGCUCCUGGCCACUGGAGUCCAGAGCCAGCACGAGAACAUACCGUACCAACCGGUGACCAAUAUCUGCCAGACGUGCC